AUGGCACCAUAUCUUCAAGAGCAGACUGCAUCAGCAACUCCCGCAACAGACAGCAUCAAAGUCAAAGCAUCCGCACAAGUCACACCCACAAAACCUCUUGUCUACGAACCCGGUCGCACAAUCGCCGAAACACACGAAAACUACCCUCACGACCACCUCCUCCCCACGUUCCCAGACCUAAAAUGGGCUCCCUUGGUCCAACACCCCUACUCUGACAAAGGCCUCCUGGGUUCUCCUUCCUUCGCCUCCCUCCUCGCCACCGCAACCUCCAUACGCGACUACAACCCCAAACUCGGCACCGAGAUCACCGGCAUCGACCUCGCAAACCUUUCCUCAGAACAAAAGAAUGAUAUUGCGAGACUCAUAGCAACAAGAGGCGUUGUGUUCUUCCGCAAUCAGAAAAACUUUGAUAUACAAGCUCAAAGGGAACUGGGCAAGUAUUUUGGAGAGUUGCAUAGGCAUGCCACUACCAGUGUGCCCAAGCAGCAAGGGUUGGAGGAUGUACAUGUCGUGUUUGCAGAGGGAAGCAGAGGUGCAAGAAACCAUGUCUUUUCGCCGAGUUUCUUGUGGCACAGUGAUGUGACAUACGAAAUCCAACCCCCCUCCUAUACAUCCCUCAAACUCCUCAGCGGCCCACCCUCAGGCGGCGGCGGCACGACACUCUGGUCCUCCCAAUACGCCGCCUACGACUCUUUGUCUCCAGCCAUGCAAACCUACCUCUCGUCCCUCUCCGCCCUACACACAGCAGACAUGCAAGCCGCCGACAGCAUCCGCGGCAAUCGUCCUGUGCGACGCGAUCCCGUCACCACCGUGCAUCCAUUGAUCCGCGUCCACCCAGUCACGGGUUGGAAAUCUCUCUUCUACAAUCCAGGGUUUGUGACAAAGAUUGUGGGCGUGCCGAGGUUGGAGUCUGAUCAUAUCAUUGGGUAUCUCAAUGAGUUGGUGGCGACGACUAAUGAGUUGCAUGUUUCGUUUGAUUGGGGCAAGGAUGAUGUUGCGUUUUGGGAUAACAGGAUCUGCAAUCACUCAGCUACCUAUGGCUUUGCUCCUCACCGUAGACAUGCUGUCAGAGUGGCUACUCAUGGUGAAAGACCAUACUACUCUGCUGACGGAAAGUCUCAAGAGGCAGAGUUGAAUGAGAAGUAUGGGCUGCCGGCUGGGAACAAGGACUGCAGUGGUGUGGGUAACUACAACGACUGA